CUUUUCACCCACAACUUCCAAACUCUCUCUCUCUUUCUCUCUCGUCUUUGUGAACUGUGAAACUAAGCAACAAUGUCUUCUUCUUCAACGAGUUCUGAGAAGAAAAUAACGCUGAGGAGCUCGGACGGCGAGGCGUUCGAGGUGGAAGAGAAGGUGGCGACAGAGUCACAGACGAUAAAGCACAUGAUCGAAGACGACUACAGUGAGAUACCAUUGCCGAACGUGACAAGCAACAUCCUCACGCUCGUUAUCGAGUACUGCAAGAAGCACGUCGAGGCUGCCGACCCCGUGCCCGAGACUUCUAACUCUUCUUUGACUGAGAAAACUCAUGACGAUCCGCUCACUGCUGCCUGGGACGCCGAGUUCGUCAAGGUCGACCAGAGCACCCUCUUCGACCUUAUAGUGGUACCUCUGAAUCUAUUGAAAGACUGCAAAGUUCUGCAGAAUCUCUCCUUGCAUGGCAAUCCUAUUUUAAUGGUUCAAUUUCAGCAGAUGGAAGGAUUUCAAGAUUUUGAAGCAAGAAGAAAGAAGUUUGACAAGCAAAUUGAUUCAAAUGUGAUGAUUGGGUCAACAUGCCUUGAUGAGGGUGUUGAUCUAUGAAUGUUGCAUCAGUGUCCCCGAAAAGAGUAUUUUGUUACACCACAAUCUCAAUUAAUCAUUUUACUGUCUUGCACCAGGACAGUAAAUUUUAGAAAAACGCCUAUACAGACAAGAUUAGUCAUGAAUGCUACCAAUCAGAUUAUUUUUAUUGCUUGGCCUAAAUUCCUUAACUGUCAAAAGAUUUAUAAGGAUAAAGAAGCAUCCAGCAGAAAGGAGAAAGAAAGGCUUUUAGAAGAAAUUGUGUUGAGGCAUCAUGAAUAAACCAUUAUAUUCUUGAUUGAGUGGCUUGUAAAAUCGCCAAGAACUUUGUA